AAAGCAUCAAUGCGGGGGACAGAAAAGGGGGAGGAACGGAGGGGGGACAGCAAAGGGGGAGGAACGGAGGGGGGACAGCAAAGGGGGAGGAACGGAGGGGGGACAGCAAAGGGGGAGGAACGGAGGGGGGCAGGGGGGGGGGGGGACAGCAAAGGGGGAGGAACGGAGGGGGGACAGCAAAGGGGGAGGAACGGAGGGGGGACAGCAAAGGGGGAGGAACGGAGGGGGGACAGCAAAGGGGGAGGAACGGAGGGGGGACAGCAAAGGGGGAGGAACGGAGGGGGGACAGAAAAGGGGGGGGAACGGAGGGGGGACGGCAAAGGGGGGGGAACGGAGGGGGGACGGCAAAGGGGGAGGAACGGAGGGGGGACGGCAAAGGGGGAGGAACGGAGGGGGUACAGAAAAGGGGGAGAAACGGAGGGGGGACAGCAAAGGGGGAGGAACGGAGGGGGGACAGCAAAGGGGGGGGAACGGAGGGGGGACGGCAAUGGGGGAGGGACGGAGGGGGGACGGCAAAGGGGGAAGAACGGAGGGGGGACGGCAAAGGGGGAGGAACGGAGGGGCGACGGCAAAGGGGGAGGAACGAGGGGGGACGGCAAAGGGGGGGGAAAGGAGGGGGGACAGCAAAAGGGGGGGGAACGGAGGGGGGACGACAAAGGGGGAGGGACGGAGGGGGGACAGCAAAGGGGGAGGAACGGAGAGGGGACAGAAAAGGGGGAGGAACGGAGAGGGGACAGAAAAGGGGGAGGAACGGAGAGGGGACAGCAAAGGGGGAGGAACGGAGGGGGGACAGCAAAGGGGGAGGAACGGAGGGGGGACAGCAAAGGCGGAGGAACGGAGGGGGGACAGCAAAGGCGGAGGAACGGAGGGGGGACAGCAAUGGGGGAGGAACGGAGGGGGGACAGCAAAGGGGGAGGAACGGAGGGGGGACAGCAAAGGGGAGGAACGGAGGGGGGACAGCAAAGGGGGAGGAACGGAGGGGGGACAGCAAAGGGGGAGGAACGGAGUGGGGACAGCAAAGGGGAGGAACGGAGGGGGGACAGCAAAGGGGGAGGAACGGAGGGGGGACAGCAAAGGGGGAGGAACGGAGGGGGGACAGAAAAGGGGGAGGAACGGAGGGGGGACAGCAAAGGGGGAGGAACGGAGGGGGGACAGCAAAGGGGGAGGAACGGAGGGGGUACAGCAAAGGGGGAGGAACGGAGGGGGGACAGCAAAGGGGGAGGAACGGAGGGGGGACAGAAAAGGGGGGGAACGGAGGGGGGACGGCAAAGGGGGGGGAACGGAGGGGGGACAGCAAAGGGGGGGAACGGAGGGGGACAGCAACGGGGGAGGAACGGAGGGGGGACAGAAAAGGGGGAGGAACGGAGGGGGGACAGCAAAGGGGGAGGAACGGAGGGGGGACAGCAAAGGGGGAGGAACGGAGGGGGGACAGCAAAGGGGGAGGAACGGAGGGGGGACAGCAAAGGGGGAGGAACGGAGGGGGGACAGCAAAGGGGGAGGAACGGAGGGGGGACAGCAAAGGGGGAGGAACGGAGGGGACAGCAAAGGGGGGGAACGGAGGGGGGACAGCAAAGGGGGAGGAACGGAGGGGGGACAGCAAAGGGGGAGGAACGGAGGGGGGACAGCAAAGGGGGAGGAACGGAGUGGGGACAGCAAAGGGGGAGGAACGGAGGGGGACAGCAAAGGGGAGGAACGGAGGGGGGACAGCAAAGGGGGAGGAACGGAGGGGGACAGAAAAGGGGGAGGAACGGAGGGGGGACAGCAAAGGGGGAGGAACGGAGGGGGGACAGCAAAGGGGGAGGAACGGAGGGGGUACAGCAAAGGGGGAGGAACGGAGGGGGGACAGCAAAGGGGGAGGAACGGAGGGGGGACAGAAAAGGGGGGGGAACGGAGGGGGGAUGGCAAAGGGGGAGGAACGGAGGGGGGACGGCAAAGGGGGAGGAACGGAGGGGGGACGACAAAGGGGGGGAACGGAGGGGGACGGCAAGGGACGGAGGGGGGACGGCAAAGGGGGAAGAACGGAGGGGGGACGGCAAAGGGGGGGGAACGGAGGGGCGACGGCAAAGGGGGAGGAACGUAGGGGGGACGGCAAAGGGGGAGGAACGGAGGGGGGACAGCAAAGGGGGAGGAACGGAGGGGGGACAGCAAAGGGGGAGGAACGGAGAGGGGACAGAAAAGGGGGAGGAACGGAGAGGGGACAGCAACGGGGGAGGAACGGAGGGGGUACAGCAAAGGGGGAGGAACGGAGGGGGGACAGCUAAGGGGGAGGAACGGAGGGGGGGCAGCAAAGGGGGAGGAACGGAGGGGGACAGCAAAGGGGGAGGAACGGAGGGGGGACAGCAAAGGGGGAGGAACGGAGAGGGGACAGAAAAGGGGAGGAACGGAGAGGGGACAGCAACGGGGGAGGAACGGAGGGGGGACAGCAAAGGGGGAGGAACGGAGGGGGGACAGCAAAGGGGGAGAAACGGAGGGGGGACAGCAAAGGGGAGGAACGGAGGGGGGACGGCAAAGGGGGAGGAACGGAGGGGGGACGGCAAAGGGGAGGAACGGAGGGGGGACGGCAAAGGGGGAGGAACGGAGGGGGGACGGCAAAGGGGGAGGAACGGAGGGGGGACGGCAAAGGGGAGGAACGGAGGGGGGACGGCAAAGGGGGAGGAACGGAGGGGGGACAGCAAAGGGGGAGGAACGGAGGGGGGACAGCAAAGGGGAGGAACGGAGGGGGGACAGCAAAGGGGGAGGAACGGAGGGGGGACAGCAAAGGGGGAGGAACGGAGGGGGGACAGCAAAGAGGGAGGAACGGAGGGGGGACAGCAAAGGGGGAGGAACGGAGGGGGGACAGCAAAGAGGGAGGAACGGAGGGGGACAGCAAAGGGGGAGGAACGGAGGGGGGACAGCAAAAGGGGGGGAAUGGAGGGGGGACGACAAAGGGGGGGGAACGGAGGGGGGACGACAAAGGGGGGGAACGGAGGGGGACGACAAAGGGGGGGAACGGAGGGGGGACGAAUGGGGGGGGAAGGGAGGGGCGACGGCAAAGGGGGAGGAACGGAGGGGGGACGGCAAAGGGGGAGGAACGAGGGGGGACGGCAAAGGGGGGGGAAUGGAGGGGGACGACAAAAAGAGGGGGAACGGAGGGGGGACGACAAAGGGGGGGAACGGAGGGGGGACGACAAAGGGGGGGGAACGGAGGGGGACGAAUGGUGGAGGACGGAGGGGGGACGACAAAGGGGGGAGAACGGAGGGGGGACGGCAAAGGGGGGGGAACGGAGGGGCGACGGCAAAGGGGGAGGAACGGAGGGGCGACGGCAAAGGGGGAGGAACGAGGGGGGACGGCAAAGGGGGGGAAAGGAGGGGGGACAGCAAAAGGGGGGGAACGGAGGGGGGACGACAAAGGGGGAGGGACGGAGGGGGGACAGCAAAGGGGGAGGAACGGAGAGGGGACAGAAAAGGGGGAGGAACGGAGAGGGGACAGAAAAGGGGGAGGAACGGAGAGGGGACAGCAAAGGGGGAGGAACGGAGGGGGGACAGCAAAGGGGGAGGAACGGAGGGGGGACAGCAAAGGCGGAGGAACGGAGGGGGGACAGCAAAGGCGGAGGAACGGAGGGGGACAGCAAUGGGGGAGGAACGGAGGGGGGACAGCAAAGGGGGAGGAACGGAGGGGGGACAGCAAAGGGGGAGGAACGGAGGGGGACAGCAAAGGGGGAGGAACGGAGGGGGACAGCAAAGGGGGAGGAACGGAGGGGGACAGCAAAGGGGAGGAACGGAGGGGGACAGCAAAGGGGGAGGAACGGAGGGGGGACAGCAAAGGGGGAGGAACGGAGGGGGGACAGAAAAGGGGAGGAACGGAGGGGGGACAGCAAAGGGGGAGGAACGGAGGGGGGACAGCAAAGGGGGAGGAACGGAGGGGGUACAGCAAAGGGGGAGGAACGGAGGGGGGACAGCAAAGGGGGAGGAACGGAGGGGGGACAGAAAAGGGGGGGAACGGAGGGGGGACGGCAAAGGGGGGGAACGGAGGGGGGACAGCAAAGGGGGGGAACGGAGGGGGGACAGCAACGGGGGAGGAACGGAGGGGGGACAGAAAAGGGGGAGGAACGGAGGGGGGACAGCAAAGGGGGAGGAACGGAGGGGGGACAGCAAAGGGGGAGGAACGGAGGGGGGACAGCAAAGGGGGAGGAACGGAGGGGGGACAGCAAAGGGGGAGGAACGGAGGGGGGACAGCAAAGGGGGAGGAACGGAGGGGGACAGCAAAGGGGAGGAACGGAGGGGGACAGCAAAGGGGGGGAACGGAGGGGGGACAGCAAAGGGGGAGGAACGGAGGGGGGACAGCAAAGGGGGAGGAACGGAGGGGGGACAGCAAAGGGGGAGGAACGGAGUGGGGACAGCAAAGGGGGAGGAACGGAGGGGGGACAGCAAAGGGGGAGGAACGGAGGGGGGACAGCAAAGGGGGAGGAACGGAGGGGGGACAGAAAAGGGGGAGGAACGGAGGGGGACAGCAAAGGGGGAGGAACGGAGGGGGGACAGCAAAGGGGGAGGAACGGAGGGGGUACAGCAAAGGGGGAGGAACGGAGGGGGGACAGCAAAGGGGGAGGAACGGAGGGGGGACAGAAAAGGGGGGGGAACGGAGGGGGGAUGGCAAAGGGGAGGAACGGAGGGGGACGGCAAAGGGGGAGGAACGGAGGGGGGACGACAAAGGGGGGGAACGGAGGGGGACGGCAAGGGACGGAGGGGGACGGCAAAGGGGAAGAACGGAGGGGGGACGGCAAAGGGGGGGGAACGGAGGGGCGACGGCAAAGGGGGAGGAACGGAGGGGGGACGGCAAAGGGGGAGGAACGGAGGGGGGACAGCAAAGGGGAGGAACGGAGGGGGGACAGCAAAGGGGGAGGAACGGAGAGGGGACAGAAAAGGGGGAGGAACGGAGAGGGGACAGCAACGGGGGAGGAACGGAGGGGUACAGCAAAGGGGGAGGAACGGAGGGGGACAGCUAAGGGGGAGGAACGGAGGGGGGCAGCAAAGGGGGAGGAACGGAGGGGGACAGCAAAGGGGGAGGAACGGAGGGGGGACAGCAAAGGGGGAGGAACGGAGGGGGGACAGCAAAGGGGGAGGAACGGAGGGGGGACAGCAAAGGGGGAGGAACGGAGGGGGGACAGCAAAGGGGGAGGAACGGAGGGGGGACAGCAAAGGGGGAGAACGGAGGGGGGACAGCAAAGGGGGAGAACGGAGGGGGGACAGCAAAGGGGGAGGAACGGAGGGGGACGGCAAAGGGGGAGGAACGGAGGGGGACGGCAAAGGGGGAGGAACGGAGGGGGACGGCAAAGGGGGAGGAACGGAGGGGGGACGGCAAAGGGGGAGGAACGGAGGGGGACAGCAAAGGGGGAGGAACGGAGGGGGGACAGCAAAGGGGAGGAACGGAGGGGGGACAGCAAAGGGGGAGGAACGGAGGGGGGACAGCAAAGGGGGAGGAACGGAGGGGGGACAGCAAAGGGGAGGAACGGAGGGGGGACAGCAAAGGGGGAGGAACGGAGGGGGGACAGCAAAGGGGGAGGAACGGAGGGGGGACAGCAAAGAGGGAGGAACGGAGGGGGGACAGCAAAGGGGGAGGAACGGAGGGGGGACAUCAAAGGGGGGGAACGGAGGGGGGACGACAAAGGGGGGGGAACGGAGGGGGGACGACAAAGGGGGGGAACGGAGGGGGGACGAAUGGUGGAGGGACGGAGGGGGGACGACAAAGGGGGGAGAACGGAGGGGGGACGGCAAAGGGGGGGGAACGGAGGGGCGACGGCAAAGGGGGAGGAACGGAGGGGGACGGCAAAGGGGGAGGAACGAGGGGGGACGGCAAAGGGGGGGGAAUGGAGGGGGGACGACAAAAAGAGGGGGAACGGAGGGGGGAUGACAAAGGGGGGGGAACGGAAGUGGGACGGCAAAAGGGGGAGGGACGAAGGGGGGACGACAAAAGGGGGAGGGGCGGAGGGGGGACGACAAAGGGGGAGGAAUGGAGGGGACUAGAGCUUACCUGCAGUGUUGUCGCAC